AUGGCAUCACCAGCUAUUAACCCAUUCCCUUCUUUUCCCCUAACAGGAAUACAAUUUCCUACAACCCCCCUUGUAUUAUCCUCAUACCAACAUGCGAAAAAGUACGCGACCCCAGGUGUCUUGAACCACGUCCUCCGGAGUGCAGCUUUCUGCCUCCUUCUCCAGAAGAAAAUCCCCAAGUUUGCUAAACUCGGUGCCUCCCUUGACAUCGAACUCGUCGUCGUGAGCUGUCUUCUACACGACCUCGCUUGGUCCAAGACGAAGGAGCUCGUCACGAACACGAGACGAUUCGAGGUUGAUAGUGCGAACCUCUCUCGCGAGUUCAUCAACGCAACGUCUGAGAAGGACGGUGACUGGGAAGAAGGUUCUCGUCGUAUGCAGAUCGCCUGGGAUGCCAUUGCACUUCAUACAAUGGAGACCAUCGCACCGUGGAAAGAACCCGAAGUCGCGCUUGUUCACUUUGGUGUCCAUGGGGACCUUCUUGGACCAAACUUGCACCUCCUCGGUCUGCCGGAGGACCUGCCUAACUUGGAGGGCGUGAUAACCGAAGAAGAGUUUAAAGAGAUUUCUAAUGCAUUUCCGCGUAUGCAUUUUGCAGAUGAGUUCAAGGAGAUCUUUUGUGGCUUGUGCAGGGAUAGAGGUCGUUAUUCUUUUGAUAGCAAUGUGGAGAAGUAUGGAUUAGAGUGGGGAUAUGAUGGGAAGGGUAAUGGAGCCGAGGAGUUCAAGAAGUUGGUUGAAGAUGCCCAGCGAGCCAAGAGCCUGUACAGCGUCAUGAGUGCUAUUGAUAAGCUCUUGGAUGAAGCUUAG